AUAAAAAUGGUCGGCGGAAUUUGAGGCGUCCAUGCAAGUGAUAUCCUAAACCGUUGUGUACCUUGUACGCUCUUCUAGAAUUGGUUGCAGUAUUGUUUUACUUUUAAGCAGCCAGGACAAAAUGCGGAGAAGCAGGCAAGAAGCCCAGAAACGUAAAAAGCCGCGAUGGCACGUGAAGAAAGAGCCUCCCUUCCCUGUUCCCGUGGCAACAGAGACGGGGGAGGAGCCCUCGGCACAGACCUGGUUCUACUACACGGGCUUCAUAGAGGGCGCCACCGUGGUGGUGCGACACUCGGGGGACAUGGAUUUCUUGUACAAAAUGGGUUUUUUUGGCAAGGGCACUCUCUCUCGCAGCGAGCCUUGUUUUGCCCAGCGUAAGCAGAAGGUCAACCUGAGAGUGCCGAGCUCGACGUCUGCCUCGCAGGGAGACGGCGUGACCUUCAACACGAUGCUGGCUCCUGUGAUGAACAAAAGGACGUACCUGGCUCACUGCCGCUACAAAGCUCUGCAGGAAGGGCGGACCUCGCAGUUCAACGAGAUCUCGUACCACGAGGAGCAGCAGCAGUGUCUGGUGGACUCGAGCGACGAAGACGAGGAAGACGACGAUGAUGACAACGCGGAAGAUGAAGGCGACGACUACUUCCUGGGGGCCGGCGGCCUGGAGCGGGGGUUCGAUCCCGGUGGGCCGCGGGUGGAUUUGUUCUCGGUGACGGAUUUGUCGACGCUACCCCUGCACCAGCUGGUGUCCCUCCUCUCGCAGGUAGCCAUCUUGUCCAGCGAGCAGAUUGCGACUUUCAUGGAGGUUCCGUACAGCAUGGCCGACCUAGAGCGCAAGUUUCGGAACAUUCGCAGCUCUGAGCUUAGAAUGCUGCGGCAGUUGUACGCCGUCAAUUUUCCCGGUCGGAACUUCAAAGAAGGGGAGGUGAUCACUUUGGAUGACGAUAGCCCUACAAAGUCUGGGGGGAGGAGGGCAGUUGGAGGGGCCGAUGAUGACGAGGAGGAUGAUGACGAUGAUGAUGAUGAAGAUGCUGUUGUGAUUUUGGAUAGUGAUGAUGAAGAAGAUGAGGAGGAGGAGGAUAGUCCUGGGAAGAGUGAGGAGGGGGAGCAAGAGAGUAGAGGAGGAGGGGAUGGGAAGAGGAAGAAGGAUAAGGAGAAUGAUGAGGAAGGGGUGGGGAAGAAGAAGGAGCCAAGAGGAGGUGGUUGGAGUGAUGAGGAGGCUGGCGACGCAGACUUUUGGGGAGUGGAGAAGACCACAGUGGAGUCUGGUUCGCUGAGAGAUGGAAAGAAGGAGGGUAUUUCUUCAUCCUCGUCCUCGUCCUUUGGGAAAGAGGGUGAAGAGAAAGAGGAAGCAACUGGAGAAGAUGUGAAAGCAUUGGAUGUACGCGUCGCUGAGAAAACAGAGGUUUCGCCGGGUGAGGUAGGAGGGAGAGAAAGAAAGAUGGAGACUGAGGACAACUCGAUUCAACGCGGCAUGGAAGAGGAUGAGGGAGGUAGAGGAGGGUCAAGGUCGGGUGGAGCUGCGGUGGAUGAGAGUGAGGGCGGUGACACGGAUAAGAAAGUCAAGGGUGAUGUUGCUGUUGCUACUGCCGAUAAAGAUGGUGGUGGUAAGGAUGUUGGUGCUGACGAGAAAGAUGGUGGUGGUGGUAGGGAGGGUGUUGCUGAUGAUGUAGGUCGUGGUAGUGGUGUUGCUGCUGAUGAUAAAGGUGGUGUGAAAGGUUGUGAAGGUGAUGGUGUUGUUAAAGAUGAUGAUAGUGGUGGUGAUGGUGGCGGUGGUGCAGCUAAGGAGGAGGGAGAGAGGAAGAGUGGAGGGAAGGGAGAUACAAGCAAGGGAGGAGGUGAUGAUAAUGAUGAUGAUACGAAAGAGGAGAAGAGUAGCGUGUCAGUCAUACGUUCAUCGGGGGAUACUGACCGAAGCAGCAAGGUGAAGGACGGGUCGGAAAACGACGGUGAGGGGAAAGUGAAUGGCAGCAGCUCUAGUAAGUCCUCUUCAUCGGGAGGUGGUGAGCUGUCUACUGAUGGGGGUGGGUUCGAAUCCCGUAAGGUGGUUGAGGCGAAGCAGACGGAGGAUGCGGGGGUCAGCGGAAAGGGUCAAGGUCAAGACGGGAAGUCGCCGUGCAGGGAGAGAGAUGUAGAUGACCGAGAGAAAAAGUCCAACGGAAUUUGCUUCAACUCUGUCACUCCGGACAAAGGCGGCAGAGGUUCGGAAAGUGGUGCGUCUACUUCCUCCGCUCGUUGGAUCCAAAAUGGGGGUGAGAGGAACAGUAUGAGUCCCUCGAACUCGCGGCAGAUUUCUUUGCCGAUGACAGAGAGCGAAGGAGAUGAUGACUCGUUGGAAAAUGUGGCUGGCGACGGUCGUCACGGCAACGGGAUGUCCAUGGUCGUGGCCGCUGUGGACGACGACUCGUCCAACGACAGCGAUGAUGUCAUCUGCAUCGAGUCGGAGUCUGCCGAGCCCAAGAAACUGCACCGGUUCCUGUCGCAGCCUUCGGCCGGCCAGGGCUCCGGGUCGACAAGCUCAGCGAUCGACACGCGAACCGUUCAGUUCAUGAGCAGCAUCACGGAGCAGCCCACGUACGUGCAGGCCUCCGUCGGGUUCCGAACCUGGGGCCAUGUGGUUCACUUCAACUACAGCGGCGACCCCUCCCACCUGCCCACCGCCAUGUCGGUCCAGGAGAAAGGGAAGGAAGUGGGUGGUGGGGGCGGUAGCGGGAAGAUGCCCCACCACCACCACCAACAGCAGCAACAACAACGUGGCGGCGGUGGUACUGCUGCUGCUCCGGCUACUUCUUCGAGCAGAGUGUACGAACGAGUGUUCCCGCCCAUCAAGUCUCUGCUGCCCAACCCGAGUUCUCAGGGAGCCGUGAUCAAACAGAGAGUCAAACCCCUGCCUUGUCUCAACACGGCCAAGAUGCUGCUCAUGAACAGAGCACCCCCCUCCUCCCGCUCCACCGCCCCCGCCCCCUCCUCCAACACUAUCCUCCCCUCCUCCUCCGCCUCCUCCUCCGCCGCGUCUGCCUCCACCACAGCUGGGUUCCAAACCCUCCCAGGAAGUGCCGGUGUUUCAAAACACUUCAUUUACCACCCCAACAAGACGCCGCCGUCGAAACUUCAGAGUCGCUCGUCGAAGGAGGUCGGAAAACGCUCGCCGUUUUCCGGCUCCUCUAAGCGACAGCCGUCACUCAGUUUGAUCGACCUGCAGCGAUAUCUGCUGGCGGUCGGCGCCGUUUUGUCGUGCGAGGAGAUGAAUGAUCCGGAAAAGUUGGACGAGAUCUCGGAGCAGAAACUGCGAGUCUUGUCCCGUCUCCUGGCGCGGCUGGACUCUGCGGCCGAAGACGAUCGGGAAACGCUACUCCUGUCGUUCCAAGAGAAGCUCUUCGACUACCUCUCUCUCCAAGACAUAUCGCUGCAGAGGGAGUCGCUCAUUCUCAAAUUCGUCCUCCUGAAGGAAUCCAUUCCGGGAAUCUCGGCGGAUGUGCACACCCGUGUCACGGAUCUCCUCUCCCCGUCGCAGUUAUCAGUGUUGGGCUCCAGGUUCGAGUACGUGCGCUCGAAAAUGCCUCACCUGUUCUCCGAGGGCACUUCAUGGGCCAAUCCUGUCAGUGUGGAAGACGUGGAUAUGGUGGAUCUGACCAGCGAUACUCCGUCCAAGGGUGUCACGGAUAGGGAUACCUCUGGGAAAGGUAUCACGGGCAGGGAUAUUUCUGUGGAAGGUGAUACAGACAUGGAUACUUCUGUGAAAGGUGAUACGGACAAAGACACUUCUGUCACGUCUGGUCCCGAGACAAAUGAGAUCUCAGAGUCGGUGGGAAAGACGGAGGGUGAGAGGGGGAAGGAUGGAGAGAGUAAGAAGAAAGAGGAGGGUAGUGAAAAAGAGGAGAAUGGCAAGAAAAAGAAGGAGGAGGAGGAGAAUAUGGAUGAGGGAGUGAAAGAGGAGGAUGUUCAUCACUCAGGGAAAAGAAAAUCUCCCAUGGAUGGCUGUCCGGUUAAAGACGAGGUGAAAAAAGCGAAACUAAGCGAAGGAAAUUCGUCGGGGGGUAGGUUGGUGGGGGUCGCGGGGGGUUCGGAGGAAGACCGGGUCGGGAAGAAUGCUGUGGGUGGCGCAGAGGAAGCGCAAUCAGGCAAUGCCAGCCUCCUGAAUGAGAAAGCGGACGCGGUUUGUGAAUCGGACAAAAGCGGGGAAGUUGCCCCCAACCUGGGCAGUUGUUCCUCUCCGUCGUCUUCGGUUAGUGCCUCUGGUGGUUCGAAAUCGGGGAGAGAUGGAGAUGAGGGUGUUGUUGCUGCUUGUGAGUCGAGUGCGCGACGUGAUGGUGGUGGUGGUGGUGUGGAGCGGUUGGCGUCUGGUGGUGGUGUGGAGCGGUUGGCGUCUGGUGGUGGUGGUGGUAGUGGUUGUGUAGAUGACGGUGGUGUGAGAGAAGAGAGAGAGAAAGGAGCAGAAUUGUCCGGGCUAUCUGCGUCGGAGACUGAAAGUAGUAGCAGUUGUCCUCGCGGUGAGAAAACAGCGAGCGGUAGUGAGACGAAGAAGGAGGCGGAUUCCACGAUCAGACGGAGCUUGAAAUUUGGUGACGGUAAUGGCGCUGAUGGUGAUGAUGAUGAUGAUGAUGGUGAUAAAAAUGGUGAGGAUGAUGAUGAUAAUGAUGAUGUGACUGAGUCUAAGGCUGUGAAAGCUGCAGGGGGCGACUGCAGCAUUGUGAGUGUUGAUCUGGAAGACACGAACCAACCCUCUGCCGACGGGCGCAACAGCGACGAUAGUAGUAGUCCGCAAGGUCAAGGUCAAAAUCCACAGCGAGGAGUUCAGGGUCAAGGUCAGGGUCAUCCUCCUCCCCCCGUCGUGGGUUUGGGUGCGGGCCCGGGGACGAGCACGGAGGACCAGAUCUGUAUCGGAAGCAGCAGCAGCAGCGAGGAAGAGGAGGAGGUGGGUGAGUACAGGCCGGAGAAGAGGCAGCGUCUGAAGCAGCAGCGGUUCUCGUGUCACCCGUACAGCGCCGCUGACGACCAGCGGGCCGACUGGGACGCCCUGGUGGUGGCCAACUCGUCCGACGAGGAUUCGAACUCAGAGGCUCCGGCCAGCCGGGCCAAGUGGCGGCCGUGCCUGAAGCAGGACCCUUGUCCCGUGGAGGAGAGCCUGCAUCUCAUGUUGGAGGAGGAGCUGAUGUUUUGCUACGUGGUGUGGCCGGCCGACCUGAGCCACGAGGAGUGUCUCUCGCCUGCCUGUAUAGCAAAGUUCAAAGUCAAGGAAGUGGUGGUGUCGCGCUGGGUCCCGUCGCAAGAACGUGACAACAAGACAGAGGAGGAGGAAAUUCCAUGAGUGAGGAGGAAGAGGAGGAGGAGGUAGGAGGUAGAGAAAAAUGCAGUGAGAGAGGAGGGGGAGGAGAGAGGAAGAGAAAAAUACCGUGAGAGGGGAGCAAGGG